AUGGCCACCACCCCUCUCAUCUGGAGCAUCGGUGUCCUGCUUUUCCCACAGCACCAGCUGCUCGAUGCUGCAGGACCGGUCGACCACAUCAACUGCCACAGCCGGACUUAUCUCGAGGCCCUCCACCUCCCACCCUCGCUCCUCAAUAAAGCGCCAAUCAUAACCUGGCACUACAUCUCCCUGUCCGAUAAUCUCGAUCCGGUCGCCACCUCCGCCGGACCACUCCAAAUUCCAUCCACCACCCUCGCCGACUGCCCGCCCCUCGACUACCUCCUCGUCCCAGGCGCCGACCCGCGCAUCCCCCUCUCCGAAGCAACCUGCACCUUCCUCAAGGCGCGCUUCAUCGAGGUCAAAGGUCUCCUGACAGUCUGCACGGGCUCACUCGUCGUCGCCCAGACGGGGCUCCUAGACGGCCUCAACGUCGCGUCCAACAAAGUCGUCCUCCUCAUGCUCGCGUCCCAGAAAUCCCUCAACAAGAACGUCAAGUGGGUAGGAGACAGGCGCUUCGUCAGGGACGGCAAGGUGUGGAGUGCAGGGGGCGUUACGGCUGGCCUUGACCUCGCCGCCGAGUUUCUGCGCCAGCAUCUGGAUCCCGAGCUCGUCGCCACGGUUGAGGGCAUCGUCGAGUACAAGCCGAACCCUGCCCAGCCGGAUCCUUUUGCACACAUCCUCGAGGGCGUGCAGUUGGGGUAG